UGUUUCGAUACUUAAAAAACGAAGUGUUAAAAUUUAUUUUAAUAUUUUGACUUGUUCAGAUUACUCUACAAUCUACAACUAGAUCUAGAAUUCUAAUCUAUAAAUUACUAGAUCUAGACAUCUAUAUGAAGAUUUAGAUCUGUAGAUCUACAAUACAUUACAAAGUAAAACCAAAUGGUAAUGGAAUUCAUAUAGAUCUAACUAUAGACAACUGAUAGGAAAAAUGGAUGCCAAAUUGGUGGGACAGGCUCUACAAUACCAUGGAGUUGAUUUACUGGCAAGUCUAAGGGGAGAGCAGCAUGAACAACUAUCCCCGUCUAUUUUGUCCUAUGUUGAUAGAAGACAAACUCAGGAGUUUGAAAUCAAAGAUGAAAAAUUUCAAAGAAAUCUGUGCUCAUUUAUUGGAAGAAAGGCAGAUCUCUUAUUUCAGCCUGUUUCAGAAUCCCAUAAAAAUAGACAGAAAGUUGAAGAAACUAUUGAUGAUGCAUUUGCCAUAAUGCCAGCAAUGGAGAUUUUCAUGGAUGUUCCAGGCCAUUUAAGACGGGAUCAUUUUUUGAAAAGCAUCAAGCCAAAUGAUUGUGUGACAGGAGUUGUCUCUGACAUUUUAGAAAAUGGUUUGCGUGUCCGUUUGCUCUGUGUGGACAGAGGGGUCGCUCGGGAUAUAGAAGAUUUAGACAUUAUGGCUUUCUGUCCAGCAAAAGAGCUCCCCAAAUUAUAUGCCCAUGAAAGUGCUUUAGAUGCAUUUCAGGAAAAGGACAUUGUGAGAGGCAUUAUCUUAUCUGUUGUAGUGGAGACUGAGAGGAUUAUUAUCUCAUUGCAUGAAAAGUCAAUCCCAGACAAGGAAACCUAUCCUAGAAUAGGACUUAUAACAGAGGAUGAAUUUCCUAUUUAUUACAGACGAAAAACACAGAUCCAAGGAAUGUCGUAUGAAGAAAUGCUGCAGUCAGUGUUAGGCUUUAACAACCAGGGUAACGUUCAAGCUCUUGUCAAACAGCAAGGAAUAGAUGAAAGUGAAUCCUUCUUUAGAAGCCUUGCACAGCUUAAGAUUCCUGAAAAAGAAUAUGCAGAAGGAUUAAGAAAAUGGCAGUCCCAGAAAUUAGCCCAUCAAAGUGUGGCCCAAGGUGUAGAAAUGUUCAAGGAAGGCAAGUAUUUGGAAGCCAUGCAACACUUUAACAGAGCUCUGCAGAUUGACAAGCAAAAUGUGGAGGCUCUAGUGGCCAGGGGAGCGCUGUAUGCAAAUAAAGAGAACUUUACACAUGCCAUCAAAGACUUUCAGGAAGCUUUAGAUAUUAACCCCAAACACAACAAUGCAAAGAAUUAUCUCAUAGAAACUCUAUUGACUCGUGGAAAAAUGUGUGCUGAUGAACAUGAGCUGGAAGAGGCAUGUGAGAAGUACACAGAUGUGUUGAGGAUAGACCCAGGCAACGUUGAGGCUAGGGAGAUGUUGUCUGGAUGUCAGCGCUUGAUGGCUGUGCAUUCAAGUAAUAAAGAAGAAAAAAAGAGUGAAUUAUUGAUCAAUAAAAUUGCUGAUACGCUGCAACAGUUGAUUAAAGAGGACAAAAAAGAGAAAACCAGUAGCUCCAAAAAGAGAAAAAAGCGAGCUCACAGCAGCAGUAGCUCGAGCUCUUCAGGUGGCAGAAGAAAAAGAAAGCGUAGAAAACGAGACAGCAGGAGUACCAGUCAUGACAGCAGUAGUCAGGACAGCAGCAGUUCCAGUGGCUCUAGCUCCAGCUCUGGAGAGGAUAAAAAACAUAAAACAUCGAGAAAAAGACUUGAAAGAAAACGUGAUCACAGCUCAUCCAGCAAACAAGACAGACACAAGGGAAAGACGAGGUCAGAGAUUGAAGAAACAAAGGGAAGAAACAAGUCCAGGCUUGACCACGUGACAAAAGAUGAGUUGCUGGAGGUAUCUGCUAAAAGAAGUCUCUCGUCCCAGGCAGAUGAUGAGGAUGUGUUCAGCAAGACUGUCAGGACCUCGGCAGCUGCAUCCUUUUUACCUAUACCCUCGCAUGAGUUUUUCAGUGUGUCCACAGCCAUCCCUGGGCUCGGCAGUCCCCCGCCUUUCCAAAACUCUGCCGCAGAAAGUAGAAGACUCGCCGACAGUGUCAUCAGGGAGAGGCAGCCAGACGCGGCCAAAGUUUUGAGACGGGAUGAUUUCCUGAUGGCGGAGAGAGAAAAGUUUUAUAAAGACAACAAGGAGAGAUACAAGAGGUUCAGGCCACAUUCCCAGUCCUCCUCCUCGUCUUCAUCUGUUUCAUCCCCCUCACCAAGAAAAUCUCAUAGCACAUCCAGUAAAUCAGAACUUAAAGGGAAGAAAAAUCACGAGAAAAACAGCGAAGAAAAGAAAUUAAAAAGUAGCAGAAGUAAGACAGAGGUUACCAAAAGUAGAUCUAGGAGCUCGAGAUCUUGUAGUCAUAUAAGUAUAUCUAGUACUAGCCUCAGUAGCACUAGUAGCACCAAGAGCAGGUCUAGGAGUCGCAGUCAAAGGAGAGCUAAGGUGAAGAGGGGGACCAGGACAAGGUCCAGAUCAGUUAGCAGCAGCUCCAGGAGCAGUAGUUCCAGGAGCAGCACCAGCUCUGGGAGCCGUAGAAGAUCCAAAGAUGGAAGGGGGCUUAAGAGCAGUUCUCAUUUGCAAACUAAAAAGCCUGUGGUGAAGGAGUUUGAGAAACACCCAGGUGGACCCAGGCACCAGGGGGGUGGAGAUGAGAUCAAGUACAGGAGGUCACCUCAUCAGAGGUCAAGGUCAGACUCCAAGGAUGGCUACUCUGGUAAAGCCAAGCAAAGGAUUAAGGAGGAAUAUCCAAGUCCGCAGUUGUUAAGGAGAAGCAGCAAAGAGAAAGGUGUUGAGAAGAAACAUGAACAUUUGGAUGAGAAAGUUUCAGCUAGAGUUCAACCUGGUGGGGUGAAGAAAAGUAGGUUUGAUGAUACGGGUCUUGUGAAGAAUGACGAGCAUAUGUUGUACGGGGAUGGGGUGAAACAGACCAACUGUAAUGAAAGAGGGAAAGAUGUCAAGUUGGUCAGGGCUGGUCUAGUGAAUCAAACGACCCUCCCUUCCCAGUUGAUCAAACCUAGUUCUUCAAGUCUGUCUGGACUUGAUGCUAAAAGUGUUAAAAACACUGGCAAAACUGCUGAAAGUGAUGUAGAUCACAUUUACAAGAAAGAGGAGCUAGAAGGUUCUAGUCUUUACCAGAAAGAUCUGGAAGUGCCUCCUGUUACUAAGGAGACUGGCAGUCAUAAAGCAGCUAAGCCUGUGUCACAGGAUUUCAUGCCUCGUAUUCUCAGAGUAACCAAAAUGGAUGAUGUAACUAAAUCUGCUAGAGUCAAGGGAGGGAAUAAAGAUGGUGACAAAAUGUCAGACAGGAAGUCACCUGACAGAGAAAAUACUCUAGGGGUCAAAGGUCCUGAGAAAAAAUCUGAUAGAGUUAAGGACCUUGAAAAUAGAGAUAAAAAUGGUGGAGAUAAAAAUGAGAAAGUUUAUCAUAAUAUAUUUGAACAAAAUAUGCCCUUUCUGAAACCAGAAGAUAUAGAGAGGGAGAUAGAGAGAAGGGUGCGGGAAAGGAUGAAAGCAAAAUUGAGAAAGUCUGAGGAAGGUGAUGCACAUCAACCGCCUAGCAGCCAUGAUAGACAUUCAAAUUCUGGCGCAGGCAGCUUACAGGUUCCACAUAUAGAGGAAAUAGUUGACAGCAGCGAUGACUCUGGUAAAGGUAAGAGGCUGGUUCGUAUCAGCAGUAAAGCUGGAGUUGGUCAAGUCAAAAGGUACAGCUCAGACGAUGAGAGUCCUGACAGGGGUGGAAGGGGGAGGACAUCUGGAACAAAGGGGGAGAGGACAAGCAGAAGAAGUAGCUACAGAAGUCGUAGUUCAUCCAGAAAGUUUGGUAAGAGCAGGUCAAGUUCCAGAAGCAGAUCCAGAGAUCGACAUAGAGAGAGAUCCAAGUCCAGAGAUCGACAUAGAGAGAGAUCCAAGUCCAGAGAUCGACAUAGAGAGAGAUCCAAGUCUAGAGGUCGACAUAGAGAGAGGUCCAAGUCUAGAAGCAGAUCUAAGUCCAGAAAUAGACACAGAGAGAUAUCUAGAGAUAGACAUAGAGAGAGGUCUAAGUCUAGACACAGAUCUAAGUCCAGAAAUAGACACAGAGAGAGAUCCAAAUCUAGGAGCAGAUCAAAAUCCCGUGAUAGAAAGUCAAAUAAAUCAAAGUCCAGAGAUAGACAUUCAACAAGGUCUCAAUCACCUGCUAGAGACAGGUCAAAGUUCAUACCUAAAUCCCAAAACCCAGCAGGAAUGUCUGGUGAGAAACCUGAAGGUUCCCAGCAUGCAAGAGCUCCCCUGUCUAGAUGGGAGGCAGUGACCCCUCAGGACCCAGCCCACCCAGACCCAGCCGUAGAGAAACAAAGCCUGACAGAUCUGGAGAAGUUUCUAAUUGACUUGAAGCACAAUAAGAAAAAACAGUGGAUAGCUGAAGGAAAGCUGAAAGAAAAAAAUUAGUCUGGCAUUGACCCCUGUGUGAUUGAUGUUGCUGUUUUUUUUUUAUGUGCUAUUGCUGAAAUCAUGAGAUCAUUUUAAAUGCUAUGUCAUUAGUGAUUGUUAAUUAACUUAAUUUGUCUGCAUUAUAUUCAUUCAUUUGAUGAGAUCAUUUUGAAUGCUAUGUCAUUCAGUGAUUGUUAAUUUGUCUGCAUUAUUCAUUCAUUUCAUGAGAUCAUUUUAAAUGCCAUGUCAUUCAGUGAUUGUUAAUUUGUCUACAUUAUUCAUUCAUUUCAUGAGAUCAUUUUAAAUGCCAUGUCAUUCAGUGAUUGUUAAUUUGUCUGCAUUACAUUCAUUCAUUUGGUGAGAUCAUUUUAAAUGCCAUGUUUUAAUUGUCACUCAGUGAUUGUUAAUUUGUCUGCAUUAUUCAUUCAUUUCAUGAGAUCAUUUUGAAUGCUAUGGUUUUCAGUGAUUGUUAAAUUGUCUACAUUAUUCAUUCAUUUGUUGAUUUGUCCUAUAAUUAUUCAUUCAUUGAAGUCAUUAUCACCUUUAGGUAUGAUUUACAGUAUCAUGCCCGUACAAAUGUUCUUUAUUAUAAAUUGUUUAAGAUUUUUAACUGUGAUUAAAACUCUUCAC